CCAUGAAAAGGGUUGAAAGAGAAAACUUUUCUAGGAAGUCUCCUUCUUCCUCCCUUGGGAAUCAAGGAGACUCUUUUGAGUCCUCCAAUAUGAGAACUCUUCGACGACCACGACGUCUUGAUAGUCUUUUGUCAGAUAUAAGCUUAAAAUCAUCCAUGGUUAGGCCUUAUGUCCGAUCCAAAUUGCCUAGACUUCGAUGGACACCUGAUCUUCACAGGUGCUUUGUGCAUGCGGUCGAAAGACUAGGAGGAGAAGACAGAGCUACUCCCAAGAUGAUUUUACAAAUCAUGGAUGUAAAAGGUCUUUCCAUUUCUCACAUUAAGAGUCAUCUUCAGAUGUACAGAAGCAUGAAGCAUGAGCAAAUUGUUCAAGAAGCGGGUGAGGCAGCGAAGAUAAAUGAAGAGAUGCUGGUCAACUCAGGGAGAAAUUACUUGUGUCCUAAUCAUUAUCGUGUGGAAAAUGGAUGGAUGAAUAACAAUGGAUUCCCAUAUCAAAGUCAUGGAACUGGUUAUAUGCGAGGCCUUGCUCUCAAUAAUCCGACCAUCCCACCACAAUGGGAGAAGAAGCAAGAGACUGGGGUUGGAACUAGCGUGAUGGGUCAUGAUCAGUCACUACCAUAUCGACAGGAGGCAGGGAAAGGGAUGCAACUGAAGCUAAGUUCUUACAUAAUGUUCAAUGAUCUUCUCAAGAGUUCCAAAGCUUCCCAAGAGAGCAAAGCGAAGGGGAAGGCCUGGGCGGAUGUUUUGGGGUGCAAGGGUAGUAAUGGUGAUUAUAGAUAUGGAGAUUCGUCCAAGGCUGCAGAGAAGAAGGCUGAUGGGAAUGAUAAAGAUGAGAAUGGUAUCUCUCUUGAGCUGACUCUUGGAUAACAUGAUGACAUGCAUAACCACCAUACUCACAAUUUAGAAAGCUUGACAAUAAUCAUCAAUGGGCAGCACAUAUUAUUGAGCUGAGUUUUGAGCUCUGUCCAGCUGAUCAUCUAUGGGGUUUUAAUUUAUUCCAACCAGAUGGAAUGCUCCUUUUUUCUUUUUCUUUUUCUUUUUUUUCUAACAAUUUGUAUGGUUUUGGUCUGAAAUGUGGAACAAAUUGAAAUUGGUGAACCAUAUGUUGUUAGUAUAUAUAUAAAUAUGAAACUUCUCUUUUUUA